AUGGGCAAAGUACUGUUAGUGACGGCUCUGGCCCUGCUGCUGCAUGCACAGCUUGGCUCAUCCUUCAUACUAUCAUGCUACUUCACAAACUGGGCACAGUACAGACCACCACCCACCAUUUACAUGCCCACUGACAUCGACCCAUGCCUGUGUACCCAUCUUCUGUAUGCCUUUGCCACCAUUAAGAACGGUCGUCUGGCCACCUUUGAGUGGAAUGAUGUGGAGCUUUACAGUCAGUUCAACGCUCUGAAGAAUAAGAAUGGCAACCUGAAGACUCUCCUGUCAGUUGGAGGAUGGAACUUUGGCUCUGCAGGUUUCCACCAAAUGGUAUCAAACCCUGGCAACCGUCAGACUUUCAUCAACUCUGUCAUUUCAUUCCUGAGGAUGUAUGAGUUUGAUGGGCUUGACAUUGACUGGGAGUAUCCAGCCAACAGGGGAAGCCCCCCUGAGGAUCAGGAGUACUACUCUGUUUUCCUGGAGGAAUUGAGAGCUGCCUUUGAGAAUGAGGCCAAAAAGACCAACAGAGCUCGUCUUCUGAUGUCUGCUGCUGUGUCGGCUGGAAAGGAUACCAUUGAUUCUGCUUAUCAAAUCCCUAAGCUUGGCCAGUCCCUGGAUAUGAUCAAUGUCAUGACCUACGACUUCCACGGCUCUUGGGACCCAAUGACUGGCGAGUGCAGUCCCCUGUUCAGAGGCCCAGAGGACCAGGGUGGCUUUAUCUAUUUCAAUGUGGACUAUGCCAUGAACUACUGGAAGAGCCAGGGUGCCCCAGCUGAGAAGCUGAUUGUGGGUUUCCCCACGUACGGUAACACAUUCACUCUCAGAAACCCUGCUAAUCAUGGUGUUGGAGCACCUAUUGCUGGUGCUGGAACUCCUGGAAAGUACACACAGGAGGCUGGAGAACUCGCCUACUUUGAGAUCUGCGGCUUUUUGAAAGAUGGAGCCACUGAGGUUUGGAACCAGGCCCAGGAUGUGCCUUAUGCCUACAAGGGAAACCAGUGGGUGGGAUAUGACAACGUCAAGAGCUUCCAGAUGAAGGUUGACUGGCUGAAAAAGAGCAACUUUGGAGGUGCCAUGGUGUGGACCAUUGACAUGGAUGACUAUAUGGGUACUUUCUGUAACCAGGGAAAAUACCCCCUGAUUAAUGUUCUGAAGAAGGGCCUCAAUCUGGAGCAAGCAUCCUGUGCACCUCCUGCCACUCCCCUUCCUCCAAUCGCAGGAGUGAGCACCACAGCUGGAAGCAGCUCUGGUGGUGGAUCCAGUGGUGGUGGAUCCAGUGGUGGUGGCUCCUCCGGUGGCGACUCUGGCACCAGUGGCAUGGACAGUGGGUUCUGUGCUGGAAAGACUAACGGCAUGUACCCUAACCCCAAAAACAAGAACCAGUUCUACAACUGCAGUAGUGGCAAGACCUACUUUGAGCACUGCGCUGCUGGUCUGGUCUUUGACAGUUCCUGUUCUUGUUGCAACUGGGCCUAAAGCUUAGGUCUGGAUGACUCUGUUUUACAUUUGUUUUUCUUUUAGUUAGGCUCUCUACGCUGUAUACAAAGCCCUUCCUUCCAGAGUGGAUGUUGAACAAUGUAAAACCUGAGGCUGUCCUCUUGAGUUGUUGA